UCUUAUGUUAAAUCGUCUAACCUUAAAGUUGGUGAUCUGGUCCUGGUGCGUAAUGAACGAAAAGGAAAGUUGCAGCCAGUAUAUGAUCCUAAACCAUAUACAGUGACAGCGACAAAAGGUACAAUGAUUACUGCCUCAAGAGUUAAUCCAAGACACGUUAUUACUCGAAAUUCGUCAUUCUUUAAACUGCUCAAAGUACCUGGCAAUGAAUGUGGUAGCGGUGGUCUUAAAAUGAAUGGAACAUGUGAUGAGUGUGAUGUAUUCGAGAGCAACAUAAUACAUCCAGAGCAGUUGGGAGGAGAGGAAGAGAUCCAUGAAAACGAACAGGAUGAUAAUUUGAUCGGUGAGGCAGAAGAAGCAGUCGAUAAUUUGGUUGGUGAUCAUGAGGCAGAGGAGGCAGUAGAACAGCGACAAGAUGACAGGGUAAGGAGACAGGAUGUAGAGGUGGAUAUACAGCAAGAGGAAUAUGAGGAUGGAAACGGACAAGUGCAAGGUGGUCGAAGAGCCCCAAGAUGGCACGAAGAGUACGAGAUGGGAGAAGAUUACUGA